AUGGAUAAUUAUGAAUAUGUGAAUAAAUCGAAUAUCAACAAUGACUUUAUAUGUGAAAUAUGUAAAAAUCCAUUUAUUGACCCUGUUGCUUUACCAGAACCAUGUGAACAAACAUUCUGUUUCAAAUGUAUUCAACUGAAUCUUGAAAAUCAUUCACAGAAUUGUUUACAAUGUAAUAAAAAAUCUUUAUCAAAUGCAGAUUUAAAAAAAGAAAGUCUUAUUGUACGAAAAACUCUCGAUAAUCUUCCUGUGAAAUGUCGUUCUUGUUUUCAAGAAAAUAUUCGACGAGCAAAAUUUUCGCAACAUAUGCAAGAAAUUUGUCCGAAAAGACGCGUUUGUUGUUCAGCUAGCAAUAUCCAAUGCCCAUGGCAUGGACCUUACGAUCAAUUCCAUCGUCACGUUAAUAAAUGUCCCUAUGAACAAAUUCGCCCUCUUCUUAGUAAACUAAUCAAUGAUGCUGCACGCCUUGAUCAAUUGAGUCAACUUCAAACAAAAAUUCAGGAUCUUGAAAAUAACUUUCAACAACUACAAAAUCAGAUGGAACAAACGGAAAACGAAAAUAAAAGUUUACGUGAAAAACUAAAUGAAAUGGAAAAAUUUGAAAUUGAAAAUAAAAUUUUAUAUGAAAAAAUAAGUAAAAUGGAAAAAGUUGGAAUUGAAAAUGAAAGUUUACGUGAAAAAAUAAGUGAAAUGGACAAAAUUGAAAUUGAAAAUAAAUAUUUAAAAGAAAAGACAAAUAAAUUAAUCGAUGAAAAACAAUUAAUACAUGAUCAAUAUGAUCAAUAUAAGAAAAACAAUAAUGAUGUUGGUAUGGAAUUCAGCAGGCUUACUAGUUCCUUACAACACGUAUCUAAUCUAAUUGAAUAUAUUGAAAAUGAAAAUCAAGUUCUUCAAGAAAAUCUGAAUGAAUUGAAUUAUUAUGAUGUAAAUAAUCGAACUCUAUUGAAAUCUUUUCAACAACAACAACAAAUGGAAACUGAUUCUCUUCAGGAAAUGAAUCAAUCUUUGAAAGAACAAAUAUUACAUUAUGAAAACGAACGUGAAGAAAUAAAUCAAUGCUUCCAACAAAUCCAAACAGACAAACAUCAAAUGUUUACACAGGGUCUUCUCUAUAAGGCAGAGAUUACUAAUUUAAACGCAUUAAAUCAACGUUUGAAAGAAAAAUUAUCUGACUAUGAAACAGAGCUUCAGCAAUCAAAUCAAUAUUGUCAACAACUUCAAGAUCAAUCUAUUAGCGAUAAAGAUAAAAUUGAAGAACUGGUGAUUAAUAUUAAACGAUUAGAAGCAAAAUUAUACUUACCAGCUAGUCAACCAUAUCAAAUACCUGAAAAAAAUAAAAACAUUGAAACUAAUCGACUUGAAGAAUUCAUUGACAAAUGCCAAUCAUAUUUAAUGGUUAAUUUAAAUAGUGAACAAAUAAAUGAUGAUAAUAUUGAAGUUGUUAUUAAAGCAGCUUUAAUUAAAAAACAAUGCCAAUCAUUGAUAUUGUGGAAUAACCAUUUAACAUGUUAUUCAAUAUCGAGAUUAUCGUCUGCAUUGAGUAUGAAUAAAAGUUUAACAAAAUUGAGUAUUUCAAAAAAUCAUUUAUCCGAUUCAGCUAUAAAAGAUUUAUCUGAAUCGCUUUCAUUUAACAACUGCACAUUAAAACAAUUAGUUCUUUCGUCAAAUGAAAUAACUGAUCAAGGUCUUAUCUAUUUAUCGGAUAUGCUAAAAACUAAUGAGCAUUUAAUUGUACUUGGAUUACAAGACAAUAAAAUAACUGAUAAAGCUAUUCAAUAUUUGUCUCAAAUUAUUCAAUUUAAAAAUCAAGUUAUCGAAGAAAUAUCUUUAUAUUCAAAUAAAUCAAUAACAGACGGUAGUGUUGAUGAUAUAUUUGAUAUGAUUAGACAUAAUCAAUCAUUGAAAACAUUUUGGAUAUGGGAUUGUCAAUUAUCGGAACAAGGCAAAGAUAAACUUCAGCAAUCUAUUCAGGAUAAAAAUAAUUUUGACCUUCAAGUCUAA